UGAUUGGACUUACGCACAUGUUGCUAUCAUUUAACAAUCAGACAGGAGAGAAUCCCUGUCUGUGUCUCUUGUCUGAGAGUCCAUCACAAAAGGAUUUAACUCCUCGACCACAAACUGUAACUCAGCUGUUUCCACUUAGCAUUAUCCUCAGCUCAGACUUAUCUGUAAAGAUGUACCGUGGGCUAGUGUUACUGUUUUUGGUUUUGGUGCUGGAAACCCGAUGGAGUGAGUCGAGCUGUCAGCAGUCAGAGUCUCAAAGAGCAGUUUCAGGCGAGAGUCCGAGUUUUCGGCUGUCGGCUCAUAACUUGCUGAAGAGGUAUAAUGACAUAGAUUAUGACAGUUUCGUCGGAUUAAUGGGGCGCAGGAACGCCGACACAGAUGAUAUACCACCUCAGCGUAAAAGGGAAAUGCAUGAUAUCUUUGUUGGACUCAUGGGGCGAAGGAGCGCUGACCCUGAAACUGGGCGUCCAUGGAGGAAAGAGUAUCCAGAAACAGGCUCAAGCGGAGGCAUCUUCUUCAACAAAUGCAAACUGAGGUUUCGUCGUGGGUUAUAGGCAAAUGAAUUGUUUCAUAUCCAGUGAAUUUGUCUAUUCCCACCCUGUCAUGACAGCUUCUUUUCAAGACAUUUCUUUGGAGCAACAACAAAAAGUCAUAAUUUAUUUUAAAAAAGUAAUAGAGCAAGAGAAAAUAUUUAUAUAAGAUGAAUCAAAUAAACAUGAUUUCCUAUGAUGUGAUUUGUUUUAUUGUACUGCAAAUUAUACAUUAACCUAGAUCGCCACAUUUACAUAUCCACUUACAUCCCUGCAUUUCAAUAUAUUCAUUAAAAGUUAUUUUUGCUGUCUAAUGUAUAAAACAUGAUUUUUUUGUAAAUAAAAAUAUUAUCUAUCUGAUCUCACAAUGUUUUAUGACUUAAAUGUUUAAAACAGCAUAAAAUGUAGUACACAGCAAUAAUUUGCUACAUUUGCCAAAACACAGAGGCUUAAUGACCAACUGCAUAUAUAAUUAUCUACAUCAAACUUAUAUGUAUUUUAACUUGAAGUCAACUUAAUCAUUCUAGAGGAAACAUGUUGCCCCUAUUACAAAUACUUAACAACUAAUGCUUCAAGUUUGACUUUGAGUGUUAGUGCUUUGGAUAUCAGUAGAUCAUUAAAGCACAGUAUGUCUUUAAGGAUAUAGUUUAGUCAUGUAACAAUCAUAGACAACAUCCCAAGAAAAAAUAAGGCCAUCUGAACUUUCCAAGAAAAUAAAUAUUAAAGAAAACCCAGAGAAUCAUCAAUGAUAUGAUGCUCAGCUUUUCAUUUUGUCUCAUUGUUGAAAUACAAAACUAUUGAAGCCGUUCAUGUACUUUUGCCAUAAUACAGUGGGGGAAAAAUAUUUUUUGAUCCCCUGCUGGUUUUGUACGUUUGCCCACUGACAAA